AUGACACUGUGCGGUUUGCUGAGGGCUGUCAAGCCUGCAGAGAGAAGACGAUGGCCUGAGAUGCUUGGAUAUGCGGUGUUCAUGUGCAACACUACACCCCAUUCUGUAACUGGUGUCACACCCUACUUACUAAUGAUAAGAAGGGAACCCAAAUUGCCAAUAGACCACUACUUGGAUAACACAGCUUCUAACUGGGAUGAGGACUAUAUACACCAGCAGUCAGAAAUAAUGGAAAGGGCAGCGGAAGUCCUAAGUGCUAGGUUAAGGGCAGCGGCUGAAAGGGAGGAGAAACGUCACUUGCCGACUAACUGCGAGCAGUUUGCAAUUGGGACAUUACCUGUCUCUUAUACACAUCUCUUCGUACAAGAUAAAACCGAUGAUUUUGAUUGGAUAAGAACAUCUGGAUCAACACCUUCAUCUCGUACUGGCCCUAAGUAUGACCACACAUACGGAACAUCACAAGGUUUCUAUAUGUACAUCGAAACUUCAAAUCCGAGAAACUAUAAUGAAACUGCACGAAUUUGGACACCGUCAUAUCCUGCAACGAACGGCACAUGCGUCGAGUGGUUCUACCACAUGUACGGCACCACAGUGAACAUAUUAAAUGUGUAUAUAGUCAAUACAGCAGGUACUGUUGGUACACCUGCAUGGACAGAAAGAAACGACCAAGGAAAUUUUUGGCGACUUGGACAAAUCUCAGUCGAAACAAACAAUACCUACAAUAUAGUGUUCGAAGGAAUUGUAGGAAGUAGUCAUACAGGUGAUAUUGCUUUAGAUGACGUCAGGAUCACUGAUGGAGCAUGUUUGACAGACGCGCAAAGCAACUGUGAUUUCGAGGAUCCAUACAUUUGUUACUUUGAUCAAGAUGAACUGGAUGAUUUUGAUUGGAUAAGAACAUCUGGAUCAACACCCACAUCUGGUACUGGCCCUACGUAUGACCACACCUACGGAACAUUACAAGGUUCCUACAUGUACAUCGAAACUUCAUAUCCGCGAUACAACGGCGAAACCGCUCGUCUUUGGACAUCUUCAUAUCCUGCAACAAACGGCACAUGCGUCAAGUGGUUUUACCACAUGUACGGAGCCACAGUGAACACAUUGAAUGUGUACAUAGUCAAUACAGAAGGUACCGUUGGUGCACCUGCGUGGGCAAAUAGAAACGACCGAGGAAACAUUUGGCGACUUGGAAAACUGUCAGUUGAAACAAAGAGUGCCUUCCAGAUAGUGUUUGAAGGAAUUGUAGGAAGUAGUGAUAAAGGUGAUAUUGCUUUAGAUGACGUCAGUAUCAUCGAUGGGGCAUGUUUGAUAAACGAAACUUGCGAUAUUGACUGCUUGAACGGCGGAGUCUGUGCUUUGGAUUACGGAAUCGAGAACUGUCAGUGUAUGUCUGGUUUUGUUGGACCAACUUGCAAUAUGUUAGCGCAAAGCAAAUGUGAUUUCGAGGAUCCAUACAUUUGUUACUUUGAUCAAGAUGAACUAGAUGAUUUUGAUUGGAUAAGAACAUCUGGAUCAACACCAACAUCUGGUACUGGCCCUGGGUAUGACCACACCUACGGAACAUUACAAGGUUCCUACAUGUACAUCGAAACUUCAUAUCCGCGAUACAACAACGAAACCGCUCGUCUAUGGACAUCUUCAUAUCCUGCAACAAACGGCACAUGCGUCAAGUGGUUUUACCACAUGUACGGAGCCACAGUGAACACAUUGAAUGUGUACAUAGUCAAUACAGAAGGUACCGUUGGUGCACCUGCGUGGACAAAUAGAAACAAUCAAGGAAACAUUUGGCGACUUGGAAAACUGUCAGUUGAAACAAAGACUUCCUUCCAGAUAGUUGAAACAAAGAGUGCCUUCCAGAUAGUGUUUGAAGGAAUUGUAGGAAGUAGUGAUAAAGGUGAUAUUGCUUUAGAUGACGUCAGUAUCAUCGAUGGGGCAUGUUUGAUAAACGGAAACAUUGCUGAAAAAAUGCUUUCCUCACGCUCAGAGAUCACAAACAUCACCAGCAAAGCAAAUGAACCGACACUGAUAAACAACAAACUUUUAAAAGUAACUAGGUGUAGUGCGAUAAACCCAUACACUAAAACAUCACUAUACAUCAUAUCAUAA